AUGGCCGCCCCGCUGCCCGGUGCGCCCGGCGCAGGGCUGGCGGCGGAGCCCGCUGGCGGCGGCCCCCGCGGCUGCCCCCGCCCGCUGCCCCGGCCCCCCGGGCGGGACCCGCCGCCCUCGCCCCCCGACAGGAGAAAAAAGAAAGGUGACAGUAUUUUGGAGAACCCAUCAAUUCCAAAUCCUUUUCCUGAGCUGUGUUGCUCGCCGUUUGCAUCAGUUUUGUCAGCCAGUCUGUUGCCCAAGGCAACUUCAAGAAAAAAGCAGGUAAUCAAAGUGUAUAGUGAAGAUGAUACUAGCAGAGCUUUGGAAGUACCAAGUGAUAUAACAGCCAGGGAUGUGUGUCAGCUCUUGAUAUUGAAGAACCACUAUGUUGAUGACCACAGCUGGACUCUCUUUGAACAACUUACCCACACAGGUUUAGGAAGAGCUAUAGAAGACCAUGAAUUAGUGAUGGAAGUCCAGUCAAAUUGGGUAAUGGAAGAGGAAACCAAACUGUAUUUUAGAAAAAAUUAUGCAAAGUAUGAGUUUUUUAAAAAUCCACUGAGCUUUUUUCCAGAUCAUAUGAUAUCUUUUCCAAGUGAGACCAAUGCUGCUCUAAGCCACUCUGGGAUAUUACAGAUGUUCCUUAGCUCCAGCACAUAUCCUGAGAUUCAUGGUUAUUUGCAUGCAAAGGAGCAGGGGAAAAAAUCAUGGAAAAAAUUGUACUUUCUUUUGAGAAGAUCUGGCCUUUAUUUUUCCACUAAAGGUACAUCUAAGGAGCCAAGGCAUCUGCAGUUUUUCUGUGAAUUCAGCAAUAGUGAUAUGUACAUGUCUUUAACAGGCAAAAAGAUUUCUGGAGCACCAACAAACUAUGGAUUCUGCUUUAAGCCUAACAAAUCAGGAGGAACCAGAGACCUGAAACAGCUCUGUGCAGAUGAUGAACAAAGUAGGACCUGUUGGAUGACAGCAAUUAGGUUACUCAAGUAUGGGAUGCAGCUGUAUCAGAAUUACAUGCAACCAUAUCAAGGUAGAAGUGGCUGCAGCCCUUUGAAUAUAACACCUAUGAGAAGCAUUUCAGAAAAUUCUUUAGUAGCAAUGGAUUUCUCAGGACACAGAAGCAGAAUUAUAGAAAAUCCAACAGAAGCCCUUUCAGUCGCAGUUGAAGAAGGAUUAGCAUGGCGGAGGAGAGGGUGUCUCCGACUCAACUCCCAUGGUAGUCCUAUUGCCAUGUCUAAUAUGGCUAUACACAGAUCUCAGUCAUGGUUCCAUCAUAAAAUCUCUAGAGAAGAGGCUCAGAGACUUAUUUUGCAGCAUGGACUUGUAGAUGGGGUAUUCCUGGUUCGUGAUAGCCAAAGUAACCCCAAAACAUUUGUAUUGUCACUGAGUCAUGGAUUAAAAAUAAAACAUUUUCAAAUUGUACCAUUGGAAGAUGAUGGGAAGCUAUUCUAUACCCUCGAUGAUGGUCAUACCAGAUUUACUGAUCUCAUCCAGCUAGUGGAAUUCUAUCAACUUAAUAAAGGAGUGUUGCCUUGCAAGUUAAAACACUAUUGUGCACGGAUUGCUCUUUAACCAAAGCAUUUGUUGUUUCAUCAGAGGGAAAGGAAGAUGCUAGUAUACUUUUCCCCCCAAAGGCAAUUUGUACAGCAAAAAGGGGGGAAGACCCAUUGCAUUGUAAAGAUUCUAUGUUUAAGCUGCAAAAAAAAGAUUAAUUUAUAUUCUAUGUAGAUAAGAACUUUGCUUUGUGAUUGUCACAGCAAAAUUAACUUUAUGGUUUUGAAAAACCAUUUUUUCGUAUGUAAUUCUUUAGUGUUGUCUUGGACUUGCUGGGUUUUCUUUUCAUCUGAAAACAGUUUUGAAAAAUAUUGUGUAACUCCUACAAAAAUAUAACUGAAGGAAGAUCUUUGUUCUAAGGUUUAAAAUUAACUUUUUUCUCUAUAAAUGUUUCUCAUAAUUUCUGUUCAUCACACAAAAGAAUAACAUUUACUGUGGCAAGGAUCAGAAGCUGAACUGCACAUUUUAUUUGUAAAUAAAAUGAAUAAAUAUUUUGCACUAUAUUUUUGAAUGCUACUUUGAGGAUUAUCAUAUCCAAAAAGUGAAAAAUCAUUAAAAUCACUUAUAACUGCUCAGUUGUAUUGAGUUGUGCUAUUCUUGUUGUAAUAUUUAAAAGGAUUUUUUUUUUAUAAUCUAAUGACUAAAUCUACAUCUUCAUACAGGGCUGGACUGUCACUUACUUGGCUGUGAAAUGUAUGAACAUGCAUAAUUAUUAUGUAGUGCAUAAUGUGGUUUAGUGUAUACCUAUAAUCUCUGAC